AUGGCGGACUUCCUGCCGUCGCGGUCCGUUCUGUCCGUGUGCUUCCCGGGCUGCGUGCUGACGAGCGGCGAGGCCGAGCAGCAGCGCAAGUCCAAGGAGAUCGACAAGUGCCUGUCGCGGGAGAAGACCUACGUGAAGCGCCUGGUGAAGAUCCUGCUGCUGGGCGCGGGCGAGAGCGGCAAGUCCACCUUCCUCAAGCAGAUGCGCAUCAUCCACGGGCAGGACUUCGAUCAGCGCGCGCGCGAGGAGUUCCGCCCCACCAUCUACAGCAACGUGAUCAAAGGUAUGAGGGUGCUGGUAGAUGCCCGAGAGAAACUCCACAUUCCUUGGGGGGAUAACUCAAACCAGCUCAAUGGAGACAAGCUGAUGGCAUUCGAUACCCGGACACCCCUGACCGCCCAGGGAAUCGUGGAAACGCAAGUUUUCUUACAGUACCUUCCUGCUAUAAGAGCAUUAUGGGCAGACAGUGGCAUACAGAAUGCCUAUGACCGGCGUCGAGAGUUUCAACUGGGUGAAUCUGUAAAAUAUUUCCUGGAUAACUUGGAUAAACUCGGAGAACCAGAGUACAUUCCGUCCCAGCAAGACAUCCUGCUCGCCAGAAGACCCACCAAAGGCAUCCACGAGUACGACUUUGAAAUCAAGAAUGUUCCUUUCAAAAUGGUUGACGUGGGUGGCCAGCGGUCAGAGCGGAAGCGCUGGUUCGAGUGCUUCGACAGCGUGACGUCCAUCCUGUUCCUCGUCUCCUCGAGCGAGUUCGACCAGGUGCUCAUGGAAGACCGCCUGACCAACCGCCUGACCGAGUCCCUGAACAUUUUCGAAACCAUUGUCAAUAACCGGGUUUUCAGCAAUGUCUCCAUAAUUCUCUUCUUGAACAAGACAGAUUUGCUUGAGGAGAAAGUGCAAAUUGUGAGCAUCAAAGACUAUUUCUUAGAGUUUGAAGGGGACCCCCACUGCUUAAGAGACGUCCAGAAGUUCCUGGUGGAGUGUUUCCGCAGCAAGCGCCGGGACCAGCAGCAGAAGCCCUUGUACCACCACUUCACCACGGCCAUCAACACCGAGAACAUCCGGCUGGUGUUCCGCGACGUCAAGGACACCAUCCUGCACGACAACCUCAAGCAGCUGAUGCUCCAGUGA